AUGACUGUUGGUGCCGAAAGUCAGCGAAGCAGCCUAAAGCCUUUCGCCUUUGCUGCCGUUGUUUUCAGCACGUUCGCAAUAUCUUCUGUGCUUAUAAUGUUCCCUCUGAUAAUGACUCACAUACAGACGCUGGAAUCUACACUUCAAGGUGACAUUGACUUCUGUAAGUCUCGUGCCCGUGACUUGUGGACAGAAGUUAUGGAAAUUAAAGCUAAUGGUAAAUCGAACUCUGAGCGAUUGGGAAGACUGAUGAUGUCGUACAAGGAACUGCAAAAACGUGACACAUUGUCAGAUUUCUGGAACAGAAAACUUCGGGACGAAGGCUAUGAUGUCAUAGUAGACGGAACUGUACGGCGGAUGGAAAGCAGUGAAGGAGUAGGGGGUAGCUGCUGCACAUGCAACAGAGGCCCCCCUGGACCACGCGGCCCGCCAGGUACCGACGGUUUGCCAGGAUCCGACGGCACACCAGGACCACUUGGA